AUGAUCGGUAUGCUGUCUAGUCCAGCUCGUCCCAUGGAUCUUGAUGAAGAUGAGUAUUUUUCUUCGACCAAUUUUCCACGUCGAUCAUCUCCCGAUGUACAUAAUACACCUUUGACAAAGAUGAUUAUUUCACAAGACUAUCAACUUCAUCAAACACCACCAUUAUUUCGUAUCGUUCAUAAUCCAUUUGAUCCUCCUACAUCAGCUCAUCUCAAACAACGUCUUGCUAGUCCAAGUAUAUUUUGUGCACUUUCACAGACUGAUGAGAAUGAUAAAACAAGUACAGUUACUUCUGUUUUUGAUUGGUCGAUUGAACAAUUAGCUGAGAUUCAUCCAAAGAAAUUCUCUGAUGAGAAUCUGAUUCAAAUCGAUGCUGCUCUCUUUGAUGAGAAUUUAAUGCAACGCUAUCAACGAGCUGCCAGUGAGUUUUGCUCCAGUAAACUUCAUUUGCCAACACCGGCUGCACCCAACAAUCAACCAGACAGAAUAUCUACAAUGGAUGGUUAUGGAUUCUAUUCCGGAACAUCGACACUUCAUCCGAUGACAUCACCAUUUCCUCAUUUUGAUAUUAAAACAACUUCGUCAUCGUCGUCGAUCUUUCAGCGAGAUUUUCAAUGUCGACCGCCUGUGGAUUUUGAAUCGUGUAUGAUGGAACAAUGUACUGAAAUGCAAAAUAAUUCAUUGGAUACAAGUUUUAAUAAUACCAAUCAAUCGUCUCAUUCAUCUCGUUUGUCGAAUAGUGGUAUACAAAAUAAUGUUUCGUUUCUCAAACGACGUUUAUUUGAAGAUGAAGAUGAAGAUGAUGUUAGUCUACUCGCUGAAGAUGAAGAUAAUAAUCGACAACAAAAGCAACAAAUUUUGAAUGUGAUCACAAGUACCCAACGACCCAAAUCACCACCUCGUUGUGAUAGUGAAACAGAAGAUGAUCAUCGGAUUUCAAGUCCGUCUCGUCGACUAGUCAAACAAGACACAAUAUCACCAAUCUUAUCAUCCUCAUCGUCUUCAUUUCCUUUCGAUGCCGAUUGCUCACCGAUAAAAAAAGAUUGA